AUGGACCAAUAGCUUUAGUCGCCGCCGUUGUCAUUCUUAAAAUUAUGGAAUUAUUGUGGCAAAAAGAACCAUCCAAAGACAACACCGAUUUGUAUGUCGACAUUUUUCGAAAUGUUCCGCCGGAAUUCCGUAAAUCGUGUUUGCAAAACAUUUCCAAAUACAAAGCGGAACGAAAUUCCGUUGCACAGAAAAGUGAUGAAAAGUCGUCGAUGUUCUAUUCGAACGGAAAUAGAGCGUUCGAGACAAGUGAUUGGCGGGAAGCAAUGAAAUGCUAUAAUGCGAGUUUGUGUUUCGCGGAAAUCAAUUCGAAAAAUACCAGUUUCGUGUAUGCCAGUCGAUCGGUGUGUUUCUUUCAAUUGAAAAUGUACAGAAAAUGUCUCGUCGAUAUUGAUUUGGCCGAACAGGCGAACUAUCCAGUACAUUUAUUGCCAACAUUACAUGAACAACGUCGACGUUGCUUGGAGCGAAUGAAGAGUGACGAUGAACGUGGAGAAUUUGUGCCAAUUUUAAGCUACGGCGACGACGAAAAUUUCCCAGGAAUGGCCAAUGUGUUGCGACUUCAAUUCACCGAGAACUUUGGUCGACACAUCAUUGCAAAGACUGAUAUUUCGGUGGGAAAAACUAUUUUAGUUGAAGAGCCGUUCACGUCGCGAUUGGUCGGAAUACAACAUAUCAACUGCGCGGCUUGCCUUAAAACGACAAUGAAUUUCAUAGCCUGUGAGCACUGUACCGGUGCUUUGUUUUGUGAUAGUACCUGCGCCGACAACUAUUACCAUAAAAUCGAAUGUGCCGAGCACUGGUUCGAUAGUAAAUCGCCAAAUGAGUUCUAUAUGCGUUCGAUUAUAACUGCCUUGAACAUUUUUGACAAUAACGCGGAGAGAUUGCAGGAGUUUGUCGAAGAUGCCAUUAACGAAAAUGUCAAUACCGCACCCGAAUCGCUUAACGACUUGAAAUCGAAGUACCGUGCGUUGUUACAACUGAAUACGUUCACGUCCGACAAGAACAGAAAAUUGCAUUAUCGACCAGCCUAUAUGAUCUUCUACAGCCUGAUGACAUUGGAAUCCAUCAAGAAAAUAUUCGACACGAAACCGAAGAGACGUUUCCUCAUGCACCUGGCCUUGCAUCACUAUGUCGUCAUAUCAAUCAACAACUUCAGAAACGUUGACUGUGACGCCAUAGAGGACGAAGGUGCAUUCAUCAUUUGCUCGUACUUCAAUCAUGCGUGCGCACCGAACUUGAUGGUUAAACGGACUGGUCAGUACAGGUACUGUGUUACCGUACGGCCAAUCAAAGCUGGACAACAGUUGUUCGUCACGUAUUUCGGUGAUCUGUUUUGUGAACAGCCCGUCGAACAUUGUCAGGAAUAUUUGUUGGCGAACUUCAAUUUCCGUUGCACAUGCGAACGAUGUAAGCCGCACAUUUUGAAAAUGAACUCCGAACAUUUGCUGUCCGAUCCGGAGUAUUCGUAUCUCUGUACCGAACAGUUUAAGCAGCCAGCUCAAGGAUACGAUAUCCAAAAGUUGAUACAUUUACAGGGAAAGUUUGUCGAUCUAUUGAAUCGAUUUGGUGAGCACUGGUCCAGGGAACUGGACACAGUUAUCGAGGGGUUCGAUUCCAUUUCCGAUCAGAUUGUUCUAACGAAGCAAUCGAUACCGCUGGGCCUCGAAUCAUCAUCGAACUACGAAUAUGUGCCGUUGAUAAUUUUAGUCAUUUCGAUCGUAAUUUACGUAUUCUCGUUCAAAUAGAUUAGCUCCCGGUUCGUUAUUCCAUUAUUAGAUUCUUCGUUAACUUUUUAGUGUAGUUAGAAUUUUAUGGGAACGUUUAGGUUUCCAACAUCUUAGGACUUCCAAAAUUAUCCAAAAAUACGAAUUUAGAAAAUAUGAACACAUCUCAUUCAAUAAUAACAAAUUUAUUCAAAUUCUAAUUAGAUUCUAAGUGAACAACAUGAACAACAAAGUGUAGUGAUAUUUUAAAAACAAAUUAGCGAAUUAGCCCGUCUCUAGCAACGACACAUUGUUUUUAGCUAUAAGUUAUUUAUAAGUGAAUUAAAAAGAAUUUUCCCUUUACAUCACAACGAAAGAAAAACUAGAGAGCUGCGGGAAACGAUCGGUUUGUUAAGUAAUUUUCGUCAUAUUAAAUCUAAGUUUCUAUUGAAUUGUAUUUAUCAAAAAGCUGGAUGGAGUCACUCUGGAAACGCUUUGAAAGUGGGUUUUGUACGUCUUGUCUUUCUCAAGUCUAUCUACCAUUUACUUUUUGAUUUACAUGAAUUUUUUGUAACGGAUUAAUAGAUCUUGACGAAACUUUUCCAACUUACACAUACAGAUAUCCCAAAAAAGAUAAAUUCAACGACGAUCGGCUUUGUAUGAGAAGCUCAGAUGCGGCUUCGGAAAAUCUUUUGUUUUAAAUUUUUCUUACGGUACUUUCCUCUGUAGCGCAAUUGCAGCGUAAAUUUAUCUUUUUUGUGAUAGCUGUAAUUGUAGCAGUCUGACCAUUUUCCGUUGACAUUUUCUAACCAGCAGUUUUCAGAAUUUUCUUUAUAUUUAUAUGAAAGAGUUGAGAGACUAUUUUUAGUAAAUUGUUUUUCCCUGAUUUUCCAGAAAUAGAAAAUAGAUUUCCCUGCUAGAUUUCGAUUCAAUUUCCUCACAACUUGUACAAGUUGAAAGGUCUUAACAAACAAUUUUUAAUAAACUGUCAUUUGACACCAAUCUAGCAGUAUUUUGAAGAAAAAAAAACUGUUGUCACCUAGAACGUCGAGACAUUUUCGAUUUGUUGAAUUUCUACCACUCUUAGAUGAUAUGUAAGGAAGUUUUCGAAGAAUUUUACCAUUUUUGUAGCGCUUCAUGUAGCACUGCAGCGCAAUUACAAUUAGAAAGGUCAAAUUUUAUGCUAUUUCCAAGAAAAUUCUUAGAUAGUCUUAUGAUGUAAUCACAAUCCUCCAUUUUAUUGGAAAAUCUCUGGUAAUAUUUUCCUUCUCAACUUCCUACACCUAACUUCAUUUCCUUAUAUCUUCGGAACAAGUGCAAAGUCCAACAAAUUUCACUUAAACUAUUCUCGGAAAAAUUUUGACGGCGCCUCAUUUUGCGAAUGACUCGAAUCGAAUCAAGAGCCAAUAACUUACCAAAAAAGUGCUGAAAAUUGCAGAUUUUUGAUUUUCGACAAGAUAGUGGUCAGACUACUACAAUUAUGGGCACAAAAAUGUUGUCGAAGAUGCUAAAAAAUUUAAUGGAAAUCAAAAAGUAAAUGGUAAAUGUACUUGAGAAAGGCAAGCCGUACAAAAACCAUUUUUGGCGAUUUUCCAGAAACACUCCAUCAAGCCUUCUCUGUUGAAUGAAAUAGAAACUUUAUGAAUAUGACGGAUAUUACUUAACUAAUCGAUCAUUUCCCGCAGCUCCGCGAGUUAUAUUAAGUCGAUACAAACAUGUAACCGAUGUUACCGAAUUUUAAUUUUAUCAUAAAUAUGGCCUUUUCGUUCUUGAAGUAGAAAUUAGAAAUUUGUUCUACUUCUGGCGACAACAAAUUUGUGUAUACUAAAAGCUCAAAAUUGCA